AAUUUGCCCACGAAGGCGCACAUGCAAGGGUCUGCGUUCAUGAAAGGAUCGACGAGCUCGUCAAGUGUCCACAUGGACCUGGAUGGGGGAGACCGAUGGAUGUAUGCGAUGGUCUUCCCGAAUAAGGAUGAAGGGCGCGUGCGGGACAUUGUUGUCCAGCUGCGACAGGCGGCGCUGGAAGUGAAGCUCUUCUUCUCGUCGUCGCAAACGGACGGCAAGCCGUCGUUGAUCAUUUGCAAGCUUCGGGCCAACCUGAAAGCACUUCGUGCGGAAGCAGCUCGUAUCAACUUGCCCAUGCUCAUGGACCCCGAGAAACUUAGGGCCGUAGCAAAGCGUGGUCUUCCCGCGCAUGGCAUCGAGCCAUUCGAAAUCGGCGACGAGAAGACGCUCCAAGGGGACGUGUUCCACCCGUAUGAGAACAUCCACAUGAAGUACGAUCUAGCGGACGACGUGCAAGACUUGUACCAGCGCACGACGCUGGGCGGUCACUUUUCGUCGACGCAGCGAAUGAUGUUGAUCGACAGCAUCAUCGUGAACGUGGCGCAUGUGAACAUCGACAAGCUCAAAGCUGACGGUGCGUUGCACGACUGCUUUCCAUUGCACGAGGUGGACGAAUUGGCUGACCUCCAAGCGCGGUGGGUCGCGUGGACGUACUGGCCGUGGCGGCAGCCGAUUACGCACAUCAAAAACUACUUUGGGUCGAAAGUCGCCAUGUACUUUGCGUACUUGGGGUACUACACGACGUGGUUGGGUGCCGCGGGCGUCGUGGGACUGCUCGUGUUUGUGGCCGAGGUGUUGUUCCAGAACAACCUCAUCGCCGACAUCCCACUGAGCCAUCUCCAGCUCAACGCGACGACCGUGGUCAAGGUCGGCCAGGUCGUUCAGGUGUACACGGUGCCCGCGUUUGGCAUGUUCAUGGUCGUGUGGGCGACGCUGUUCCUCGAAGGGUGGAAGCGCAAGUCGGCGCGCCUCGCCCUCACAUGGGGCACGGCGACGGUGGUCGAGGACGAGCAGCCGCGGCCCCAGUUCCACGGCCACAUUGCCAAGUCCCCCGUCACGUCGGCCAGCAUCAAGUUCUUCGACCCGAUGGUCCGGCUCCAGCGGCGCGUGGUAUCAUGGCUCGUGCUGGCCGCGCUGUUGGCGGUCGUGAUUGGCCUCACGAUGCUCAUCUUCCUGCUGCGGUACUACGUCGUGACGCAGAACCCGAACCUGCUCGUCGUGACGAUCCACGGGCAUGCGUACCCGUACGGGUCGUACGUGGCGGCGGUGGUCAACUUGGGUCAGAUCUUUGUCAUGUACAAGAUCUACGAUGGCCUCAGCCUCAAAAUGAACGACUACGAGAACCACUCGACGGAAUCGUCGUACGAAGCCAACUACAUUCUAAAAGCCAUCAUCUUUCACUUUGUAAACUCGUACGCAGCCUUGAUCUACGUGGCGAGCCUCAAGAACCCCAUCGAAGGCCACUGCCUCAACAACGACUGCUUUGGCGAACUCCGCGCCGCGCUCGUCAUCAUCUACGGCUCCCAAAUCGUCAUUGGCAACGUCAAGGAAGUGGUUGUCCCGCGGCUGUACGCGUGGUUUGUGCGGCGCCAGCACGUCGUCACAGACGUGGUCGUGGGCUCGGUGGAGACGCAGUUUUUUCAAUCGCAUUAUGGGUGGAAGGGCACGUUUGACGACUUUUUGGAAAUGGUGCUCCAGUUUGGGUACUCUUCGUUCUUUGUCGUGUCGUUCCCACUCACGCCGUUGCUGUCGUUCGUGAACAAUGUGCUCGAGAUUCGCAUCGACGGGUACCGCCUCACGCAGGACUGCCGCCGCCCGCGGCCCCGCCAUGCCGCCCACAUUGGCCUCUGGAGCACCGUGCUCGAACACUUUGUCACGAUCGCAAUCAUCACGAAUGCCUAUGUGAUCUUUUACACGCGCAACUACGCGGCGGACGUGAGUGUGUACCUCAACUGGACAAAUGUCAACCACGAGUUUGUCGACUUGGCGCUAUUUGUGGCGUUUGUAACUGUGGUGCUGGUGUUCCGAGGCCUCUUGUCCCUUGGCAUCUCGGACGUGCCCGAAGACGUGGCCAAGCAACUCGCACGCCAAGCGUUCCUUACGUCCAAAGUGCUCGACCAUAAAAAGGAUGACGGCGACCAAGCGCUCAGCCUCCACGACCAACGACUUGGUGCCCACAACGUGGCUAUUUUGAACCGUGACGACGACGAGUAGAACAAUACAACAAUGUACUGUACACCUAUUAGGUGUACAGUACAUUGUUGUAUUGUGGAGAGGGAUGGAUUUGUACUGUUAUUAGUCGUAGACAUGGAAUAUCAUAUUGGCGAUGAUUUCAAAGUUGCCCAUUUUCCAUCGUUCGUACAAAUAGACCCGAGACAUUUGAUUAGCUCAUUUCAUCCACUUAAAUUGAAUAG